AAUCAUAGUGGACCUUCCGAGCCACUUUCGACCAAGAAAACGACUUGACGAAUUGAACCCGAACAACUCUCCCACCCAAGAUAUUUUAAGAAGAGAUCUGGGAAUUGUAAAUAUGAGCAAACCAGGCUUUUCAUUUGGCCUUAGUCUCGCCAAGAAGCCUGGCGCUUCAAAACCGGCUCCCCCAAAACGGAAGCCAAUGUUCGGUGGCGAUGACGAUUCAGACAACGAUGCGAAUGCACGGUCGACCGAUGGACCUCAAGCGACCACGAUAUCCGAAAUAGACGAUUUUACGACAGAAUCUCCAAAUCCCCAGCCAAGCAAAAAACCACAGCUAAAGCCGAACAAUGGCCCGCCGUCGCAACCCCCGAACGGCAAAGUCAAAAAAUCACAAAUAUCAAUGUUCGGUGAUUUAUCGAGCUCGCUAGAAUCGCGCAAACACCAAGAAGCUGCGGAAGAAUUAGACCCUUCGAUAUAUGACUACGAUGCGGUCUACGAAUCACUGAAACCGGAGAAAAAGGCUACGCAAGAAGAUGUCGAGAGGAAACCGAAGUACAUGAAGAACCUGAUCGCGUCCGCCGCUAUACGGAAACGCGACGCGCUAAUCGCCGAAGAGAAAAAGAUUGCGCGGGAACGGGCAGAGGAAGGCGAGGAAUACGCCGACAAGGAGAAGUUCGUCACGGAAGCAUACAAGAAGCAGCAAGAAGAGAAUCGACGGAUCGAAGAAGAGGAACGUAAGCGCGAGGAAGAAGAAGCCAAGAAAAAUAAAGGAGGUGGCAUGACUGCUUUCUACAAGGACCUACUAGAGAGGGGUGAGCAACGGCAUGCAGAGGUUGUCAAGGCGGCAGAGGAACGCGCAAAGACGGGCCCCAAGGACGACGAAAUACAGGAAGAGAAAGUGAAGACAGACGCGGACGUAGCGAGAGAGAUCAAUGAGAAGGGCGGUUCCAUCGCUAUCAAUGAGGAGGGCCAAGUAGUGGACAAGCGCCUGCUGCUUAAAGGUGGUCUUAACCUGGGAGCGACUCCAAAACAAGAACCUCGAAAAGAGACCAGCAAAGGGCAAGAUCGCAGAGACGACCGAGGUCCGUCGCGCGGCUUUGUUGGUGCCGGUGGGAAGCAAGCUAUGCGGGAAAGGCAAACUCGGAUGCUCGAGGCGCAGCUGGAGCAAUCUCUCAAGAGAUCUAUGGAGGAAGAGGAAGCGGAGAAGCAAAAGGUCGAACGCGCAUCGAAGAGCCGCAAAACCGAGUCCGACGUUUCGAGCGCCCGGGAGAGAUACCUUGCACGUAAGAGAGAAGCGGAAGAAGCCAAGAAAAAGGCUGCUGCGGGGAAACCAUGAGCAGAAUUCUAUACCCAUCCCAACCUGUAUAAAGACAGGAUAUCCAUCGAAAAGGCUAUGCCUUCGUAUAAUGUACACUUUAUGUUCCCGUUCCCGUUGUUUCUAUCACAUCGUAA